AUGAUCGAUACGGGCGCUUCUCAUUCAUUUAUUACACAAUGUGCAUUACGUACACUAUCCUAUUUCCGAUUGCCAUCGUGUGAACGUACCGCCCAAUUAGGUGAUGGUCAAACAACACUUAAAAUAGUUGGUGAAAUUCAGCUGUUCCUACAAUUUGAUCAAGUUUUUACACUUGUCAAUGCUCUCGUCACUCAAACCAUGAACACUGAUUUUAUACUUGGUGGUGAUUGGUGUACAAAAAAUAAAGUAAAAAUUGAUUAUGCAAAGAGUCAAGUAUCACUAUGUACACAACUUGGUCGUAUUUUUAUCCCGUAUCAUAAACACAUCGAUUAUUUAAGUUUAGAUGUCAAAUCAAUCAAUGCAAUUCAUAUACCACCACGUGAAUCUUGUACUGUUCAAGCCAAAGUUGAAUUAUCGUCCGCUAAUACUGUAUAUUUUUCUCCUGCUGACACUAUAUCACUUGAAAGAUCUGUUAUAAUGUUACCAGCCUUAUUACACGUAAACAACUACACAACCUACUUGGAGAUAUACAAUCCUCAUGAUACUACAUGUACAUUACCAAUGAAUACUCGUUUAGGCCACAUUACUCAUACACCACAUAAACUUCAAUCGUGUGUAAUAUAUGAUCCAUCUCGUUGUUCGUCAUCAUGGUCGUCUCAACAUCAUGUCAUUAAUACAAUCGACCUUAAACAAACACCAUCUAACACCUGUAAAAUAAUUGAUAAACUUCUGGAUCAUAUUACCAAAUGUCAGGACAAACACCAACUACGUCACAUACUUGAACAACACAUCAAAAUCUUUGAUAUUUCACAUGUUACACAAGCAAACACAUCUGUUCCACACAUUAUUAACACCGGUGAUAGUCUUCCAAUCAGUUCAAGACCAUAUCCACGAACAAUCCAACAACGACGUGAACUUCAAGCUGAAAUUCAAAAAAUGUUGCAAGCUAACCAAAUUCGUCCAUCCAUUUCACCAUGGUCAUCUCCAGUCAUUAUUCACAAAAAAAAGGAUGGUGGUAUUCGUUUUUUGGUAGACUAUCGAAAAUUGAAUUCAGUAACAAAAAAAGAUUCUUUUCCUCAACCAACAACUGAAGAAUUACUAAAUCGAUUAGGUGGUCAUUGUUUUUAUUCAAAAUUAGAUCUUAAAUCCGGUUAUUUUCAAAUACCGAUACACGAAGCUGAUAAAGACAAAACAGCAUUUAUUACACAAGAUGGAUUAUGGGAAUUUAAUGUACUUCCACAAGGCAUCAUGAAUGGACCACCAACCUUUCAAAGAACCAUGCAUAAUCUUCUUGGUUAUGGACGAUGGGACUAUGUCAUGGCAUAUUUAGACGAUAUACUCAUCUUUUCACGUACUUUUGAUGAACAUGUUAAACAUUUAAAUGAAAUUUUAUAUAUAUUAGCUGAUGUCAACUUUCAAGUCAAUCCUGAUAAAUGUUUUAUUGCUGUUCAAGAAAUCGAUUUUUUAGGUCAUACAAUCAAUGAACACAGUAUAAAACCUAAUGGUGAAAAAAUUAAAGCUAUUGUUGAUUUACCAUCUCCUAGAACCCUUAAAGAAGCAAAUGAAUUUUUAGGAAAAAUUAACUGGUAUCGCAAAUUCAUUCCUAAUUUCGCUCGUAUAGCUGCACCACUACAUAAAGUAACCAACAAAACUAAACAUCGUCGACAUGAAUUUAGAUGGGGACCUGAACAACAACAAUCAUUUGAGGAAUUUCAACAUAUACUAACAACAUCUCCUUUAUUUUUAGAAUAUCCAGAUUUGUCGACUCCAUUUACAUUAACAACUGAUGCAUCAGAUAUUGGCAUUGGUGGAAUUUUAAGACAAGAUACACCAGCUGGAACCAAGAUCAAUUAUUUUAAAUCUCGUGUCUUAAAUGAUACUGAACAUAAAUAUGAUACAUUUGAAAAAGAAGCAUUAGCUAUUUAUUGGUGCAUUACCGAACUUCGAUCUUAUAUAGGUGACUCUAAUUUUAUUGUCGAAACAGAUCAUCGACCACUUGAAAAUUUCCACCUUAAACAAAUUAAUAAUAAACGUGUUAUGAAUUGGAUUUUUAAAUUACAAGAUAUAUUACCACAAAUUAUUGCAGUCAAAUAUUGUAAAGGAGCAAACAAUACAGCUGCCGAUUAUAUUUCACGACAUGUUCCUUCAUCAACAUCGGUUAAUACCACACCCCCUGGUCCAACUGAUACGCCUCAUUCUCAUACGUGCGAUACUCCUGAACUUAAUGCUGUUACAACGAGAGCACAAGCCAAACUCCUUGCUCCACCACGUUCAUCAACACCAAUAGCAUCUGAAUCUACUUGUUCUUCUCCAUCAACAAGUACUCAAUCAUAUGAUUUUAGUUUAUCACAUAUACGUACUGAACAACACACUGAUUUAAAUAUUCAAAAUAUAAUACAACAAAUUCGAAAUGAACGUCGCUAUUCAUCGUUUCUUAUUCAAGAUGAUAUUCUCUACAAAUUAGUUCGUCGAGAUAAUACAGUACUUAAACUUAUCUAUACACCUGCGACUUUAAUUCCGGACCUGUUAACUGCUUAUCAUGAUCACCCGUUAAGUGGUCAUUUCGGUAUUGCCCGUACUUGGUCACAAUUACGAAACGCAUAUUAUUGGCCUCGUAUGAAAGAAACCAUCAUGUCGUAUAUUAAAUCAUGUGAUAAAUGUUCCAAAUUUAAUCUCGAUCGACGUAAACCGCCUGGAUUUUUACAACCUAUCCAACCACCGAAUGAUGUUUUUCAAAUACUAGGAAUGGAUUGGUGGGGACCUACUAUUCCUUCACUUUCUGGAAAUCGAUAUGUUCUCGUUGUAACUGAUCGUCUUUCCGGUUAUGUUUUUGCUACAGCAUCACCUACCAAUACAGCUCAAGAUACUGCUCGAAUCUUAAUGGAAAAAAUUAUUUUAGUUCAUGGUCCACCAGAUAUAUUAAUCACUGAUCAAGGUACACACUUCAAGAAUGAAUUAUUACAAGCUAUAUCAAAAUUAGUGGGUUGUGCUCAUGUUUUUUCAACACCAUAUCAUCCACAAACAAAUGGACAAACUGAACGAUGGAAUGCAACAUUUGCUACACAACUCGCUAAAUUUUGUAAUACAGAACACGACAAUUGGGACACUAUUUUACCAUCUAUCGUUUAUGCAUAUAAUAAUGGUAUACAUAGUUCGACUGGAUUUACACCUUAUCAACUUGCUUUUGGACGACAACCACGUCAUCCAUUUCAGCCUCCUGCAACUACUUUCGAAUUUACUAAACCACAUGAUUAUUGGACACAAUUAAUGCAAUAUAGAAAUACGGUGUUAAAACAAGCGAAAAACAAUGUUCUACAUCAACAGCAACUAUCGAAACUUCGUUUUGAUAAAAAUAGAUCACACCCAAUUUUUUUACCAGGUGAUCUAGUGUGGAUGAAAAUUUUCGUGGGCCGUAAUAAACUCGAUGCUCGUUAUACAGGUCCUGUUCGAAUCAUUCAACUUAUUUCACCGGUGUCUUUUAUUGUUGAAGAUGAAAAUUUUCAACGAUUUCAGCCACCUUAUGCUCAUAUACCUAAUUCGUUUUUACAUCAAUCUUUACCACAAUAUCCAUCGUUAUUACUUUCACCACCACGUGAACCACACACAUCUUCACUGGUACCACCAAACCCGAUCGUAUCCUAA